AUGUCUGGAGAAUCCGCCACCGCUAUUCACAAGGGUCAAGUUGAUCUCUUAGGCUUCAUAGAUUGGAUUGGUGUUGAAUGCCUCAAUCAAAGCACCACUCUCUCUGUUUCCAGUGCUAUCAAACAGGGAGGUGCUGAAAGGGAACAAGGAUUACUUCAGAUACUGACUGAGAUGGACGGAUUCAAAGUUUCCACAGCACAGGUGCUUGUGAUAGGUGCUACAAAUAGAUUGGAUAUUAUUGAUCCUGCUCUUUUGAGGAAGGGUCGUUUCGACAAGAUCAUUAGAGUUGGUUUGCCUUUAAGAGAUGGAAGACUUGCCAUUUUGAAGGUGCAUGCUAUGAAUAAGUAUUUUCGCUCAGAAGAAGAAAAAGAUACUCUGCUUAACGAAAUUGCAGAGCUAACAGAAGAUUUUACUGGGGCAGAGCUGCAGAAUAUACUGAACGAAGCUGGAAUUUUAACGGCCAGGAAGGAUUUGGAUUAUAUUGGGCGUGACGAGUUGCUUGAGGCAUUAAAAAGGCAAAAAGGAACAUUUGAAACAGGGCAAGAGGACACUACAGAAAUUCCUGAAGAACUGAGACUGAGAUUGGCAUAUAGAGAAGCAGCUGUUGCUGUUAUUGCAUGUUAUUUUCCUGAGCCACUCCGCCCUUUUGUUGAGAAAUAA